UUCGUGACCCGUGUAUCCCCACGGUGAAGAGGGAAAGAGAGAAUAAGAAAAACCAAAAAAGAAAAAACCGCGCAAUUGAGCCGUGUCGGACAAAUACGUCUAGAGCAUCAUGACCUGGCAGCUAAGACUUGUGCGGGCAACUCCGCUUCGAUGCUCGCUUACCCGGCCGAAUGGUCCGUGGAAUAUCCCGCGGGCGUCUUAUACUUGCAGUGCAAGGUUCCCCGCCGGGCCUUUUAGGCCUUCUUCAGUCUCCGCGAUGUCGACCCAGACUACCGUAUCCUAUACUACUACGCGCACACUGUCCACCCCGGCCGUUCGUUGCUUGAACGCCGAUAAUAUCAACCCCUAUGUUAAGGAGGCGAAGUAUGCCGUCCGUGGUGAGCUUGCCGUCAAGGCGGAGGAAUACCGCGUGAAACUCGCCAAGGGAGACAAAUCGUUGCCGUUCGACAGCGUCAUCUUUGCCAACAUCGGUAACCCCCAGCAGCUCGACCAGAAACCAAUCACCUUUUUCCGUCAAGUCCUCAGCCUUCUCGAGAACCCUCUGCUGUUGAACAACCCCGAAGCACUUCGCACCUCCUUCGGUUAUCAACAGGAUGUCGUUGACCGGGCCAAGAAGCUUCUCGCAGAUGUUCAGAGCGUUGGUGCUUACAGUCACAGUCAGGGAGCACCUGUGAUCCGGGAAAGUGUCGCCAAGUUUAUUGAGCAACGUGAUGGAUUUCCGGCCAACCCUCAGGAUUUGUUCCUCUGUGCCGGUGCCUCAUCUGGCGUCAGCACCAUUCUCAACGUGAUCUGCAACAACCCCAACGCCGGUGUCCUCGUCCCUAUCCCACAAUACCCCCUCUACACAGCUACCCUCGCCCUCCUCAACGCGAAAUGCGUCCCCUACCUCCUCGAAGAGCAGAAGGCCUGGGGUACCGAUGUAGAUGCCAUCCGUAACUCGUUGGCGCAGGCUCGAUCCGCCGGCACUGAUGUCCGCUCGAUUGUGGUCAUCAACCCCGGUAACCCCACUGGUGCCUCUUUGAGCGCCCAAGAUAUCAAGAAUGUCCUUGAUCUUGCGGCGGAGGAGAAGCUAGUGGUUAUGGCGGAUGAGGUCUACCAGACGAACGUUUUCGAGGGCGAGUUCAUCUCGUUCAAGAAGAGGCUCCGUCAACUCCAGCAGGAGACACCAGGCAAGUAUGACAAUGUGGAGUUGGUCUCGCUCCACAGUGUGUCUAAGGGUAUGGUUGGCGAGUGUGGCCAGCGUGGUGGCUACUUCGAGCUGGUUGGAUUUGACCCCGAGGUCACUGCUCAGGUCUACAAGCUUGUGAGCAUUGGCCUUUGCCCACCGGUCAUCGGACAGUGCUUGCUUGAGCUUAUGGUGAACCCACCCAAGGAGGGUGAGGGCAGCUAUGAACUGUACCAGAAGGAGUACAAUGGAAUCCGCGAGGGACUGCACAAGCGCGCCCUUGCGUUGUACAAGGCCUUCCAACAGAUGGAGGGUGUUGAAUGCCAGCAACCUCAGGGCGCUAUGUACCUCUUCCCCACCAUCACUCUCCCUCCCAAGGCCUUGGAGGCUGCCAAGGCCGAGAACCGUCCCGCCGACGAGUUCUACUGCCUGCGUCUCCUCGACGCUACCGGUGUCUGCGUCGUCCCAGGCUCUGGCUUCGGUCAGAAGGAAAACACCCUCCACUUCCGCACAACUUUCUUGGCCCCCGGAACUGACUGGGUUGAGCGGAUCGUCAAGUUCCACUCCGAGUUUAUGGCCAAGUAUAAAUAAUUGAAUAGAGUUGACAUGUACACAUAUGACUCACGUGAUACCUGUUGAGAAUAUAGAACCUUAUACCUAUGCCACAUUGAUGGCACUAUCCACACUGAAUGAAUACACUUGAAUUCCACUCAGAUGCUUUUCCCAUGUUAGUGUUCGUAAAACUUUCAAAAAUGUUGCCUGCGUUCUAAGAAAGUUCUCAUAUCACCUUAACUGAAUGAUAAAAGCGACAUCUGGAGAGAUUUGCGCUGAUUUAAGCACAUUGCAGUGGCAACAAGCCCAUCCUGAGAAAAAAAAU